AUGCCUGCACGCAUCUGUUCAACCUGUCAAACAGACACUGAAAUUGUUGUUGAUCAUAAGGCUGCUCAUGAAGUAUGUUCUCGUUGUGGCUCGGUUCUUGAAAUCAAUCUAUUUGAUGAGAUUUCCGAGGGGGAGAACUCACCAUAUUGUGUUGAAAACCCGGUUUGCGAAGUCGAGAAUUCAUCGAAUUCGACGUCGUCGACCGUCAGCUCUAACGAUCAGAGAACCGUGAGGAGUCCAUCGAAGAGAGGGUUGGAGCAGAUUGCAGCGAUGGUAGAUACUCUAGGGUUGACGGAAGGGACGAAAGAUAGAGCCUGUAAGAUAUACAAUGCAGUCGAUAUUCUGAAAUCAUGUAGGGGAAGAAGCAUAAGUUCCAUUGCGGCGGCUUCUCUUUUCAUCGCUUGUAAAGAGAUCGGAUCGUCGCGGACGCUGAACGAAAUCUCGGCUGUGUCAGACGGAGUCACGAAGAAGAAUAUCAAUCGAACCGCUGAAGCAAUAAAGAAACAGCUGGAAGUCGAGUCAUGGUUGGUGCAACCCAGCGAACAAAUCCGACGGUUUUGUUUGAAACUCGACAUGGAAAACCGUGCCAUUAAAGCAGUCCAAGAAUCUGUUGAAAGAGCACAACAGAUUGACAUAAGGAGAAGUCCCAAAUCUGUUUUGGCAGCCAUUAUUUACAUGGUAAUUAAGCUUUCUCAGGGAGAUCAGCCAGUUUCAGUUAAAGAUAUUGCAAUGGCUUUGGAGGUGACUGAGGUUACAAUAAAGAAAUCAUUCAAAGAAAUUUCAGUUUAUGCAUCAAGGGUGAUACCAGAUUGGUUCGUUGGAGAAGAAGACGUCAACAAAAUUACCUCCCCUUGA